UGUUCGGUGCGGUGUCGCGGUGAAUUUUCAGGGGACAGAAGAGAAAGAGGGAAGGAAAAACGGGAAGAGAAAGAAAAGGGACUGGGAUACAUACCUGAUCGGUGGACAGUAAUACGAUACGCUCUGAAGCUCGCGCGCUCGCUUAUGAGGGUUGCGAGUGAGGAGCGAGACAGACUCGACAGAAUCGUUUCUCGGCUGUGCCCGUCCGCGGUCGCGAGAACCACCCCGUUCGCCGCGAGUCCGAGUUUCCAGUAAAACGGAGAAGCUGGACCAUCGCCGCGCGCGCCAGUGCGACGAAACGAUCCGCACCACACCAAUCCGAUUACACGAUCGAGCCGUCCGCGCGCGAUCCGCAGGGGAACACGUCGUUGGACAGGAUCGCCGGAGUCGUCCGUCGUCGACGACCGUCCUGGAUAGGAAACGGAAGAAGUGUGCCGACAUGUCGGCCUUGAGCGCCGGGCCUUGUCGACCCGGGAUUAUACUCUGUCUGACUGUUCUACUGGCAUCGCAAUCUAAUUCUGCUCCAGUAUAUGACCACGAUAGCACACACAUAGCGGAAUACAAUGGAGGCACAGCCGGAUGUUACUACAACUUCCAGCACUACGACGAGGGCGACAGGAUCGUCACGAACGAACCGUGCUUGAACUGCACGUGUCACAAUCAGAUGCUGAUGUGCUACCUGAGGGUCUGCCCCUUCACGAAAGCGAUCGGCCAAGAUUGUACCGUGGAGAAACGUCCCGACCAGUGCUGUCCUGUAAUCACCUGUCCCGAGGUGCCCGUGCAACUGUUGACCUCCACGACCACCGCACCGGCGACUUCCGGUUCCACCGCGGUCGGCUUCCACGACAAUUACGGGUGCAAUGUCAACGAACGAUUCUACGCAGACGGUGCCCAGUUGCCGAUCGACCCACAGAAUCCUUGUGAGCUGUGUUACUGCAUCAGGAACAGGACCACCUGCGUCAUGCAGGAGUGCACGCUCCGUGUCGCCGGAUGCAGGCCAGUGUACCAACCCGGUGUUUGUUGUCCAGUCAAGUACAAUUGCGAAUACGACGAGGAUCUUGCAACGACAGUUGAACCAACGCCUGGCCUCAUCAUGACCACCACGAUGGCACCUGGAGUGACGCCGCAGUGCUUCCACGAAGGCAAGGUCUACGAGGACGGAGAUCUGAUCUACUCGACGCAGCCUUGUCAGCACUGCUACUGCUUCCGAGGUGACAUCGCUUGCGCUGUACAGAACUGCGGCACUCCCAUGCAAACGCACGGAAAGAACUGCACCGCUUUGCCUCCGCCAGAAGGGAAAUGCUGCCCAGAAACGUAUCAGUGCGAAGACGAAGAACAGGGUGGAGUUAUCACAUUACCGAAGAGCGAGGAGUCAACCGACGGAUUUAUUCAAGAAACAACGGCAGCAAGUCCAACGGAAGUCGGACAGAAAGAAGAAGUUCCUGAAACAACGGAAGAAACCUUCCCCGGCUACGACAACGCAAUUCCUCAGGAUCACAAAGAAGAAAGCACCGAAGCGGCUACCGAACAACCAGAAAAAGAAACGCCACAAGAAAUGACGCCAGCUGCGGAGACUGGUGCAGUAUCGGAAACAACGCUGAAGGCUACUUCAGAAGAGUACAGCACAGAAGGUCCUCUUGCCACAACAGAGCCAGCAAUCGAAGCGACAGAACCUGCCGAGAAAGCCGAAGGACAAGCCACGGAAGCACCAGUCGAAGGGACAAGUGAAAGAACGACUGGCAAACCGGAAGAAGAAGCUACUCAAGGACUCACAGAAACGCCCAUUCCUCAAGGACAGCCGGAAUUGACUUCGCCAAAGGCUGAAGAGGUACCCCAAGAAGCGACUACCUUGAAAGAAGAGGAACGACCAGCUACCGAAGCAGCUACACCGGAAGUGGAACCAACCGAAGGUGCACCAAAGGAACUGUCAACUAAGGAACCUAGCACUGGAGAAGCUGAAGAAGCCAAACCGACGGAAGGAGGUGUGGAACCGAGCGUCACCGAAGCUGAAGUUCCUAAAGAAUACAGCGAGCCAACUGAAGCAGCCGAAAAACCUACGGAGGCACCGGAAACACCAACUGAAGAAAAGGUAACGUUGCCUGAAACUGUUCCCGAAAUGUCUACUGUUAAGAGCGAGGCUGAAGAACAGGUGACAGAAGGAGCUAAGGAAGCUGAAACACCGUUGGUGUCUGAACCAGAGCAGAAGGUAACUACGGAAGGACCGGUAGAAGGAAAACCGGAAGAAGCGACUACCCCGGAAACGGAAAUGCCGACAGAGAAAACUGUGCAAGGAACUCCAGGCGUGGAAGAAAAGCCCAGCCAAGAGGGACAAGAAACAGCGCGACCGGAAGUUGGUUACGAACAACCUACGGAAGCAAGCAUUGCUCCCGGACAGGGUGAAGAACAAGUUACAGAAGGUGUAGUUGAAAAGAAACCGGAAUUGGAAGUGUACGAUCAUAAGAAGUCUGAAGAACUGCCUGGCGUGGUACCAAAGAAAGAGGACAUGCUUCCAGAAGGACCCAUGGUUGAAGCGCCAGCAGUGACGGAACAUGCUUUGGAAGAAGGAGAAACUCCAGAAGCACCUGCUCAAGAACCAACGGGUAUUCCUGCCACCGCUCGUGUACCUGGAAGCAAGGCGGAAGACAAAGAAUCGGUUCCUGAGAUCCAGGUAACGGAAGGCUACGUUGACAUGAAACCUCCGGAAUUCCACAUACCCAGUAAUCUCAUGACUGAAACUCCCGAGAAGAUUCCGACCACAUAUCUUCCGCCUGCGAAAGAAACGACAGUUGCUGGUGAAGAGGAACAAGCACCUGUCGAGGAAGCCACAACUGCAGGCCAAUUGCCAAAGGAAGCGUCUACCGAGGCUGCGAUCCAAGAACAGGAGAGGACAGAGGUUCCAUCAGCCACAGAAGCUGGUCUAGGUGAGAAGAUUGGAAUAACCGAGGGAGCUCCUCAAGUUACUGAAGUGAGCCCAGGUUUGGAAGCUUCUACGCAAGAAGUUCCGCAGGAACAAACUCAAGAGCCCGAGAAACCGGAUACACCGGAAGAACAUACUACUGAAGCUUCAUCGUCCGAAGUACCACCGUCAAAGGAAACUUCGAUCGAGGAAGAAAUGCCAACAAAGACACUGACCAUUGAUGAAUCUGGAGAAACAUCGUCUGAGGAAAUUGGUGACUCUAGCGAAGAAGUAGAGCAUCCUAAAGGCGAGAAAGAGACAGAACCUGUGGAACAUCCGGCUGAAACGGCUCAGCCACCUGUUGCAGAGGAACAACCGACGGAACAACCAGCAACGCAAGAAGCAGUCACGGAAAGCAAACCGGCUGAGGAAAGCACUUUAGGUCAGUCCACCGAAGCUCCGCAUGUUGAAGUGCCUACGGAAGCUAGUCAAAUCCCAGAUGAGAAACCUGUGAGCGAAGCAGAGGCACCGGCUGAACAGGGUACUACUACUGAACCAUCUGAUUUAAGUGAGAAGAUCGGCGGUAAGAUACCUGACGAAAAAGUGACUGAGAAACCAGUAUCUGGAGAAGAGGCACCUGAGGAACCAGUCACUGAGAAGCCAGUUGCUGGAGAAGAGGCACCUGAGGAACCAGUCACUGAGAAACCAGUUGCUGGAGAAGAGGAACCUGAGGAGCAAGUCACUGAGAAACCAAUUGCCGGAGAAGAAACACCUGAAGAACAAGCUACGGAGAAGACAGCUGCUGGAGGAGAAACACCCGAGGAACAAGCUACUGAGAAACCAGCUGCUGGAGGAGAAACACCCGAGGAACAAGCUACUGAGAAACCAGCUGCUGGAGGAGAAACACCCGAGGAACAAGCUACUGAGAAACCAGCUGCUGGAGGACCAACAGAAGGACCUGCCGAGGCAGAAAAACCGACAGAAGGACCUGCCGAGGUAGAACAGCCAACAGAAGGACCUGCCGAGGCAGAAAAGCCGACAGAAGCACCUGCUGAGGAAGGAAAGCCAACAGAAGGACCUGCUGAGGAAGGAAGGCCAACUGAAGAACCUGCGCCAGGAGCAGAACUAACUACAAGUCCUGCGGAAGAAAAAGAACCAGUUACAGAAGGAAAAUCGACUGAAGGCCCUGCACAACAGCCAACUGAAGUUCCUAGAGUAGAGGAAGAGAAACCUGUUGAAGAAGGAAAACCAACUGAAUUACCUGCCGAAGGAACUGAAAAACCGGUGGAAGAGACUUCAAAGGGAACAGAACCAACUGAGGCACCUGUCGAAGAACAAAAACCUGUUGAAGAGGGCGUGCCAACAACUGAAGCAUCUAUGGCAGAAGAGCAACCAACUGAGAAAGCUGUUCAAGUGGAGGUUCCAAGCGAGGAAGCAGGACCCACAGAAAAGUCUGUAAUAGGGGAACAGCCAACUGAAGGUCCCAUCGCAGGUGAAGAACCCGGAAAGGCAGAGGAACCGACUGAAAAAUCUGUCGAAGCACAGCCAACUGAACCUUCGAUUGAGGAAAAGAAACCAAGUGAACAACCUUCUUCGGAAGAAACGCCAGCGGCAGAACAAGAGCCAACUGAGAAAUCCGUCGAGGAACAUCCUACUGAACUGCCAAUGGAACAAGGAAAGCCGGCGGAAGCCGAAACUCCUCAGGAAAGUGUCAGCGAGUUACCAGUUUCUGGAGAAGUUUCCACAGAAACGCCAGUAACCGAGCAAAAACCGUCUGAAGGUGCGGAACAGGUGCCAACAGAGCUUCCAGGCAUAGAAGAAACAGUUAGCACGGUUGGAGCCAAGGAACCUGAAGCAUCAACCGAAGUCUCGAAAGAAACAACCGAGUCUGCAACGAUCGUUGCAGGAGAACCAGCUUCCCCAACUGAAGGAGCACCGACGGAAGUAGCUGCGCCAGAAGAAAAACCUACUGAAACACCUACUGUCCAGGAAGAAGCAUCUACCGAACUUGCUAAGGCCGUUCCACAAGAAGGUGAGAAAGUUACGGAAGAAGUACCAAUCGAAGCUUCAACGGCAGGUGUACUAACCGAAGAAACUAGUGAAACUCAAGCACCAGAAAAAGGCAUUAGUACUCAGCAGCCUGAAGUAUCUUCCACCGAAGCAGUUCUUGAAGCAUCCACAGAAGCUUCCGCGUUGCCCGAAGAAGAACAAAAGACGCCAGCUCCUGAAGUAGUCUCAACGGAGGAACUUUCAUUGAAAGAAGCUACGACACAACUUCCAGUCGAGAAAGAAACGAAAGCGCCGAGCGAAGAGAAGAUUCCGGAAUUGUCCACUUUGCCGCCAGGUAAGACGGAAGAAACGCCAGAAACCACUCCGCACGCGGAAAUUGUACCGAAAGGAACGACCGAGCAGGUUGAGCAAUCCACAAUGGCUGCCGAGAUGCCUCAAGAAGAAGCAACUCCAGAGUACCCGCCUCAUGUGCCAGCAGAGAUACCAGGAGAAGGCAACUGUCUCAUCGAGGGACAAUCUUACGGCAACAACUCUGCUGUUCCCCCCGCCAAUCCUUGCCAACUCAGGUGUCGUUGUUUGAGCAGCAUUAUCCAGUGCGAUCUUGUCGAAUGUCCUCCACCGCCGAGCCAUCUGUCCAACUGUAUGCCGAUCCACACUGGCAAGAACCCUUGUUGUCCAAUGUACACUUGCGAUUCAACACCUACGGCGGUACUGGAAUCCGAUAAUCACAUGAUCGAGCACGAAACGCCUAAAUAUGAACCCGAAGAAGAGCAGAAGACCGUGUCGCCUACGGAGACGCCGACCCAUGAAACAACUAAGGCACCAGUCGAGGGUGAGAAAGAGCAAGAAGCAACGACUGUACCUGGACUAACCGAGGCAGCUCAAACGACACCAAAAUCCCUCGAACCCGAGCCCGCACAACCGACCACUCCAGCAGAAUCUCCAAAAGAAUCUGAAGAACCUGCUGUCAGCACAGUUCCCUCGCAGGUAGAGACUUCCAGUCAGGCUCCAGAGUUACCGAAAGAAACGCCGGCAGUAACUACCCCUGAAGAACAAGAAGCAACUAAAGCGCCAUCUUCUGAGCAACCGCCCGAAGAACAAACUCCGGGACAAGAGACACCGAGCGAGGAGCCGACAGUUGUCACGACAGAGAAAAUUCCGGAGGAACAAACCACUACUGGAAUUGGAAAGGAAGCUGCGCCUACCACUCUGAAACCAAUGGGCGAAGAACCAAUGGUAGAAGAGCACAAGCCUUUGGGUGAAGAGGCAACUGUUUCUCCUGCAACUCCUGAGGAAGGUAUCAGUAAGGAGCCUGAAGAAGAACAACCGGUUACUGAAGGCCAGAAGGAAGUGAAAGAAGGAACUACACCUGGAUUAGAAGGACAACCUGAGAAACCUGCGGAGGAAGGAGAAGCUAAACCAACUGAAGCAGCCCAGCCUGAACAACCAGAAGGUGAAUUGCAGACUACUCAACCAGUUGAGGCUGAAACUGAGGGACCAAGUGUUGAAACAUCUACUCCAAUAGUUGUGAAACCAGGAGAAGAAGCAACGGUACCGGUAGAAGCACAAACCACUGAAACUGAAGAAGGUAAACCUGUCACUGAAGAAAUUCCAGCAACCACUAAGGCUCCGUUAUCUGAAGAGACUACAGUACUUGGCACAGUUAAAGAAGGACCAACUGAAGCACCUACGGAAGAAGCGACGACACUUGCCGGUGAAACUGAAACUACUAAGAAACCACUUCCAUCUGAAGAAGAACAAACGGUGCCAGCUGAAGUUUCACAGCCCUCGGUGCCUUCCGAGGAGGAACAAACCAAAGAAACGCCUGUGACUGAAGGUGAAGUCAAAGGAACUACGGAAGGCAUCGAAGAGCACACUGAAGGACCCACGCAGCAGCCUGAGAAACUGCCUGAAGAACAAGUGCCAAGUUCUACCGAGGCUGCUAAAGUUGGACCUGAAGAAUCGACCGAACCUCAGGUGACCCCUAAAGAAGAAGGAAUCACAAAGCCUGAAGAAGUUACUUCCGAGGCAUCAGUACAGACUGUGCCAGAAGAACAGCAACCUGAGAAGACACCAUCCCCAGAGGAACAGACUCCUGCUUCUCCUGCUGAGGAAGGAAGUACGCCAUCGAUUGUACCCCAGGAAGAAGUUUCAGCAGUUCCCGAAGCUACCACCACGAAAGCAAUUUCUGAAACUGGCUUGCCUGAAGAAGCAACUAAACAACCUGCUGAAGAGGCUAUGCCUACCGAAGUAGCUGCUACCGAUGGACCUAAAGCAGAACCUGGUCAAGAGCAACCCACAACCGAAUUACCUGUCAGUCCAGUUGAAGGAGAGACGCCGUCUGAAAAAGAAGUCACGAAAGCUCCAGAACAGAUGCCACAGGAGCAAAUGACCGAGGCUCCUGGUAUCUCCGUAAAAGAGCAGACAGAACCACCAGUCAAACAAGAAACCAUUUCACCGGUUGCUGCUGAAGAACAUAAGCCUGAGGAGGAAACUCAGAAACCGAGCACGGAGGAAAGUGUAGUACCUACUGAGCCAACCAAGACUAUUCCUGAAGCUGAAGGUGUUACUGAGGCAGGUGAAGAACAACCUAGCCCGUCCACGUCUCCAGCUGCAGAAGCCGGCUCGACCUUGGCACCUGAAGGUUCGUCAAUGUUGCCUGAGCAAGGAGAAGAAGAACAAAAACCUGUCACUGAAGCUGAAGGCGUGGCUGAAGAGAAGGCUCCAACCACUCCCAGCGAAGUAAGCCCGACCGAAGAGACCACCAUGGGAGAGAAACCAUCAGAGGAAGGUGUACCAGAAGUAACUCAGCAGACUGAAACGUCACCGGUGGAAGCGGAAACAGGCAAACCUUCGACGGAACAACAGACGACCCCGACUCCCGAGACUCAAGAAGUGACUGAGCCUGCUUCAAAGGCACCUGAAGUUGGUCCCACCGAAAUGCCCGAGAAGAAAACGCCGACUGAAGCUACGGAACAAGAACACCCUGGCGAGCCGGAGAAAGAAGUACCAGUAACGACUACCGAAGUCCCUGAGGAAGAAACACCUGCUGAAGUACCGAAGAAAGAGACACCGAGUGAAACGCCAGCUCCCUCUGAAGUGCCAGAGAAAGAAGCGACGGAAAUACCUGAGAAGGCACUGCCUACUGAAGCUCCCGAGAAGGUAACUCCGGCAGAAGAGGUUCCAGAAAAGGAGAUUCCAGGAGAAGCAGUAACAGCUACAACCGAAACACCGGAGAAAGAACUUACUAGCGAGGCUCCUGAGAGUGGUCUCUCUACCCAAGCACCCGAGAAAGUUGAACCCGAAGUAACCGAGAAGAUUCAACCUGAAGAAUUAACAACGCAGGAAGCUCUUCCCGAGCAGAAACCUUCUGAGAAACCAGAAGAGGCUACCGAGGUACCAGAAAAAGCUCUUCCCGAAGAACAGACAACCGCUAAAGCUGAAGAGGGAUCACAACCGACAGAAGAAAUUCCGCAGACCACAGAAGGCGUUUUGAUCAAAGAAGUAACACCAAGUGCGACAGAACCUUCUGUAGCAGAGGAACAACCGACCAGGGCUCCAGUAACCGAAGCAGAGCAAGCUCAACCAAGCACUCCCUCGGCAGUAUCCGAAGAAACAUCUCCUCACGAGGAACAACCAUCGCCGGUAGAAACCACCGAAACUGCAGCAACACCUGAAGAACUUACGACGAAAGAAACUGCACCGAGCCAAACGACAGAAGCUCAACCUGUCACGGAACCUGCAGUGGAAGCAUCAACGGAGGCAGAGAAAGCUCCGGAAGUUGAAGAGUCUCCGGAACAACCGGUCCAAUCGUCGACAGAGCUGCCACAAGAGAAAAACGUCACGGAGCCAAUAUUGCCAGUAGAACAUACGGAAAGCGUGAAACCCGAAGAACUCCAACCAUCGACCGAGGCACCAGUCGCAGAACACGUGACCAAAGCUGAGGGACUUCCAACGGAGCCAUCGAUCGCUGAAACGUCAGAAGAAGAGCACGAGGAAGGUAUCGAGGAAGGUGCUCAUCCUGGUGAACCCACGCCAUCAGAAGCUGCUCAAACUACUGAGAAGGCGGAAGCUCAUUCGACAGUCGGAUUCGAUGAACACCUUCAGCCAGUGAACCACACGUAUGAAACCGGCAAGCCGGUACAUCCUAGCAUCCCUGACAUGUCAUCAGGUCCUCUAGAAUAUCCAAAUCAAGCGGGUACCGGAGAGGAAAGCCCUCACUUCCCGGCAGAGGGAAGUCACGAAGAAGACUACGACGAAGACGACCAGGCUAUCUACGGACCAGGCACUUGCCGAUACGGCGGCAAGGUGUACGUGUCGGCGCAACAAGUGCCCAGGGACGACCCGUGCGACUUCUGUUUCUGCUUCCGUAGCGACAUCAUCUGUCUCCAGCAGAGUUGCCCGCCACCGAUCCGCGGCUGCCACGAGGAACCGAUCAGCGGCUUCUGUUGCCCGAGAUACGAGUGCCCCGUCGCGAUGGCCACGACGUUGAACAUCACCACGACCACGACCACCACCACCACCACGUUACCGCCGCACUUCCACGCACACGCGUACAAAGGAGCCGCGAAACGAAGCGGUUGCCAGGUUCGCGGACAAGCGUACCGCGUUGGGGAAGUCAUUAGGUCCGCGUCAGGACCUUGCCUCCAGUGCACUUGCGGAGGCGACGGUAAUAUGAAGUGCGACCCGCGGGUGUGCAACUCGGAACCGAUGUUGAGGCAGAUGUUCGCGGCGGCCACGGCCAGAAGGAGGAGAUGAGCCGGCCAACACGAUCCCGAGGAUCCACUGCUGUGGGGUAGACACGAGGAAGCCUAGAGGAGGAACAGUGUUGUAUAAAAGUGAAUUUAAACGAAUAUUCUAAACUAUCUAAAUGUCGCAGAACACAGACAAUAAUUGUGCUUCAGCGAACACGAACUGAGUGGCCAAAACGUAAACGUUUAUAUUAAUAAUAUUAUAUUAUGUUAUAUAAUGAAGGAGAGAAUGAGAGAGAGAGAGCGAGCGAGAGCGAAAGAGAGAGAGAGAGAGAUAGAGUGCGCGAAAGAGAAAGAGAGAAAAGAGGGAAUAAAUAAGGAUAGAGCACGAGAUAAGUGGAUAGGCCGGAUCGGGACACGGUGAAACGGAGAGAAGGGACUUUAAGCGAUGUAAAAAUGAACAAAAAAAAUUAUAAUAUGCGAAAAAGAGGAGAAGAAAAAUGGAAUUUAGCUGCGAUGCUCGUUUCUGGUGCCAAACGUGACGGAUCGGAGGAACCGGGUGGAACGGGAAACGGGAUAGUGAAGAAUAUUUCGUGAUAGUUCCACGUCCCACACGCCAUUUUUUUGUACGAGUAGAAACGGCGGUCGCGGAGGAGGAGAGAAAUAUUUGGGAAAAAUUGUUGCCGAACGUACGAGACUUAUGACUGUGCCUUCGUCAGUGCUGAAAGAAACAGCGGCACUACUUUCGUUUCGUGGCAGCCAAUCGGCGCUGAUUUCCGACCACGAUCGUCGUCGUUCAGAGUUUCGUUCCCUCGAGGAAUCGCGUUUAAAACUUAUAAGGGAAGAAAAAAAUUAAAAAAAAUCGAAAAAAGAUAUACAAAAAAUCGGUGACGGGACAAAUGAAUUUUUUGGGGGAAAACGUGACGAAAAUAAUGCAAGAAUGCUAGAAAGAAGAACAAAAGAGAAAAAGAUUUCUUGCGUGCUCAGCGGACAUUGUAACAGUAUUCGACGAUCGUGCGAGAGACAAUCGUGCCAGUUGUCUUUUAUUCAAAGAACAGGAAGAAAAAUUUUACGCCGACUUUUUGCGUGAAAUGUAUCAAGAACUCGCUGAUUUCCCUCGUACGAUCGAGCGCACGCAAGCGUUUGGGGACAUUGCUCUUACGAUGCCGCUGCCGAAACUGGGAACGACGAUGACCUACGGCGAUCAGUCGCGCGAUCGACUCAGACCCAGAUCGAUUCUCUGGCUGUCAGUCGGUCCACGGUUUACUCGCUUGUUUGCUUAACGACGUUCACGCGUGCUCGUAUGCGAUUGAGCAAGGAACCGACAAGAAACCGUCGCUACACCUGCGUCGCUCGCGCGACGAUGAACGGAAUCGCCCUUAUCGCGACCGAUGAUAUACAUACAUAUACAUAUAUAUAUCAUCCCCAAUAGACCCCCUA